AUGGUCAUCAAAGUCUUCGGAGCUACUUACUCUGCUCGCACCCAAAGCGUACUAUUUGCGCUUGAGAAGCUGAGCUUGUCUUAUGCAAUGCACAGUAUCGAUAUGCAAAACAAUGAACAUCGCGCCGGCGACUUCAUCGCCUCACAUCACCCUUUCGGCAAGAUUCCAGCCAUCCAGGACGAUGAUUUGAAGCUUUUCGAAUCUCGCGCUAUCGCUCGCUACUUGGUCUCCAAAUAUCCUGGACCCCUCAGCAUUCCUAUUGAUAGCGCUUCCCUCGGUCGUUUUGAAGAAGCUGCUAGCGUGGAGUAUUCCUACUUCGAACCCGCAGUCAGCAGACUUGCUUGGGAAAUGAUUUUCAAGAAAAGGGUCACGGGGCAGGAGGCAGACUUGUCCGUUGUGGCGGGUUUGGAGAAGGAGGUGAGGCAGGGCUUGGAUUAUUACGAAAAGGUACUGGGCGCCCACGAAUGGCUCGGCGGAUCGGUUUUCAGUCUUAUCGAAGUAUUCAAUGCUCCAUGGUUUAGCUUGAUGAGUGGACAACUUGGCUUUGGAAAAGAAAUUGAAUCGCGGCCGCUCCUCAAGGCUUGGUGGGAAAAGAUUCCUGCGUCCAAGGCGCUGUUAUUCGUCGAUGCGCUUCUCAACUGA